CGGGGGCUGCGGGGGGGCAGUGCCACCCUGCCGGGCUAUAAACCCCCUCCGUGCCCCGGCACCCCAUCCCCACUGCUGGGCGAGCUGAGCCGCGCUGAGCCGGCUGCCAUGGCGUGUCCCCUGGAGCAGGCGAUGGCCGUCAUGGUCACCACCUUCCACAAGUACUCGGCCAAGGAGGGCGACAAGUACAAGCUGAGCAAGGCCGAGCUCAAGGAGCUGCUCAACAAGGAGCUGCCCGUCUUCGGGAGCAAACAAAUGGACGAGGCCGAGUUCAAGCGCCUGGUGAACGACCUGGACCACAACAAGGACAGCGAGGUGGAUUUCAAGGAGUACGUUUGCUUCCUGGCCUGCAUCACCAUGGGCUUCAACGAGUUCUUCAAGGACGACCCCAGCAAGCACCGCAGGAAGUGACCCCUGAGUGACCCCUGGAUGACCCUCUAGUGACCCCCUGAGUGACCCUGAGUGACCCCUGAGUGACCCCUGAGU